AUGCAUGAAGUUGAGAAAGAACAUAAGAGAGUUAUCGCAAAGCAGCUUGUAGAUCAAGAGAGGAAAAACGGGACGGGACGGCUAACCGCUCGAAAGAGGGGGGAUCUUUCGAUCACUCUGUUAGAUCCAAGGCACGUCUUCAUCAAGCUCUCGAACAAAGAAGAUAUGCACCAAAAGAGAGAAGUUUUUGAUUGA